UUCACGGGAUAUUCAUGCAACAUCUGAGGCGGAACAAGCUGACAACACGUCCUGUCAGGCUGUCAAACCAGUCCACGACUAUGUUUGACGAGUGCGUUUGCGCCGCAAACCAGUAACAGAACUUAUCUAGACUAGGACUGUCACCUCCGUUUAGUUAACAACAGCAUGUCUUUGCACUAGUGUUUUGCUGUAGUUCGAGCUCAUGCCCCUAAAGCCGUGCCAAUGCCGAGGAAUGGAUACUAGCAGUGUCUCUGGUAAAGUUGGAAAUAUGGUCGCAAGUGAUGAGGAGCAUUUGCAGUGCAGUAACGCUGGAAUGGACGCGCUUCACCAAUGUGAACUGAUCCAGAGGCUGAUCGAGAUCUCCAUCUCCAGUCUGAAGGGGCUCCGGACCAAAUGCGCCGCUUCAAACGACCUGACCCAACACGAAAUACGUGCUUUAGAGGAUAAGCUGGUGAAGUACAUCAGUAAGCAGCUGGAGUGGAAGCGGAGUGUUGCAGAGAGAGAUCGACCGCUGGCGCUGGAUUCGUACCCAAACCUCACAGACUGGCUCUACACCAUCAACCUCCGGCCAGAGGCAGUCCCUGUGAAGCUGUCUCUGGAUGCCCUGCUGCAGAUGUCCAGUGGCCAGGUGGAAGAGAGCAUGAAGAGACUGGGCUCCAGCAGUGAGGAGUGUUCCCGCAUCACCGCUGCCCUCUCCUGCCUCAAGAGCGCUACUGACACAGGUGUGGGACUUAAAAAAGAGGGUAUCCCGUGGAUAGCAGAGCCCACUCAGCACGACAGCACCUCUCCUGACCCUCUGUCCUGUUCAAUGCGUGCUACUCAGUCUUACGGGCUCAACCCCACCAGCUGGCCUCCUCCUUCAGCUUUACCCUCGCUUCGCUCCUGUGUGUCCGUUUCCACUCUUCCUUCCUCAGACUUCCCUGUGGUUGUCUACACCCGCUGUGAUGGGCUGACAGACCCCUUCUCGUCCUCCCCACAGCUUAACUGCAACAUCUCAGGACUGCUGUCCACUCCUCCAGUCACCCCACCACCCAAAAGAUGCGGCAAGCUCAAACCUUCACGAACUCCUCCACCUCCAUCCCGCAAGCUGCUAAACCUCCUGCCCAGCAUCACACUCACCCGCAGCAAGAGUCAGAGUCAGCUGGCCAACCGCAUUGAUGACCCAACACCCAACAAGAGUGGGAAGAAGAACAAGCCUCUCCUGAACGUCCAGGUGAACGGUGGAGGAAACGGCUGGGAGGAUUCACCAUCCCGCUCACCGCUGCUGUCUGCCCGCUCGCCCUGCCUCCCACCGAACACACCCAGCCACCUGACAGACCCUGCCGCUCUCAGAAAUAAUGUUACGACUCAAGGAAGCUCUCCGCUAGUCAUGAGGAAAGACAUCGGCCUGGAUGUCACACACAGGUUCUCCACCAAGUCGUGGUUGUCUCAGACAUGUCAGGUGUGCAAGAAGAACAUGAUGUUUGGUGUUAAAUGCAAACAAUGCAAGGUGAAGUGCCACAACAAAUGUACCAAAGAAGCUCCUAAGUGCAGGAUUUCAUUUGCACAAUUCCCAAAUAAGAUCAGAAGAACAGAGUCUGUACCGUCAGGCAUCAACAACCAGGUGGAGCGACCGGCAGAAUCUCAGCAGUAUGGGACGUUACCAAAGGCCAUAAACAAGAAGGAUCACCCUCCAUCACUGAGUCACCUGGACUCCAGUAGUAACCCGUCCUCCACCACCUCCUCCACCCCCUCCUCACCCGCACCCUUUGGCCAGAGCAACCCCCCGAGUGCCACCCCUCCACCAAACCCCUCGCCCAAGGGCUCCGCGGACAGUCGCUUUCACUUCCCAGAUGUAUCUAGUUCCACACAUUCAGAUGGCGGUUACACUGGAGAAACAGACCAGUUGGAUGGUGUUGAAAGUCAAUCGUCAUCAGGCCAUAGGGAAGAUGUGGAUGACGAGCAGCAAGGGGACGACGCUCAGGAUCAGGAAGGAUCAGAGGAAGAAUCUGAAGAUGAUGAAGUGGAUGAUCUGCCUAACUGCAGGGGCUACUUUAAGGACUACAUCAGCCGCAAAGCCAGCCAGACCAGUGUGGACCUGCGCGAAUGGGACGUGCCUUUCGAGCAGCUGGAGCUUGGAGAGCUGAUAGGUAAAGGCCGCUGGGGGAAGGUGUGCAGGGGCCGCUGGCAUGGAGAGGUGGCCGUCCGAUUAUUAGAAAUUGACGGUAACAACCAGGAGCAUCUGAAACUGUUCAAGAAGGAGGUGAUGAACUACCGGCAGACACGACAUGAGAAUGUUGUGCUGUUUAUGGGGGCCUGCAUGCACCCACCUCAUCUGGCCAUUAUCACCAGCUUUUGUAAAGGACGGACGCUCUACUCAGUCGUCAGAGACUCUAAACUUGACAUCAACAAGAUUAGACAAAUUGCUCAGGAAAUCGUAAAGGGAAUGGGUUACCUACAUGCAAAGGGAAUUGUACACAAAGACUUAAAGUCCAAGAAUGUGUUUUACGAUUCAAACAAAGUUGUUAUCACCGAUUUUGGCCUGUUUGGGAUGUCUGGAGUGGUUCAAGAGGACAGGAGAGAAAAUGAGCUGAAGCUGCCACGAGGGUGGAUCUAUUACUUGGCUCCAGAGAUUGUGCGAAAGAUUGGACCAGGAAACCAAGAAGACUGUUUGCCCUUUUCAAAAGCUGCUGAUGUUUACGCCUUUGGCACUAUCUGGUAUGAACUCCAGGCCAAAGCCUGGCCAAUUAUCAACCAGCCGACUCAAGUGUUGAUCUAUCAACUGGGAAGUGGAGAAGGCAUCAGAAUGUUACUGACUAAUAAGGGUACUAGCUUGGGCAAGGAGGUCACGGAGAUCCUGUCAGCCUGCUGGUGUUUUAAAACUGAGGACAGGCCAACAUUCACUCAGCUGUCAGACUUGCUGGAGAAGCUGCCAAAGCUCAACCGCAGACUCUCGCAUCCAGGCCACUUCUGGAAGUCUGAGGAUGCAUGGCAUCACCACUGUCUGCGUGAGCACUGCAGUCCAGGCCUACGCUCUCGCUGUCCAUACGUCUACAAAUAUGACAGUUUAUCCCCAGCUGCUGAUGGCAUUAGCUUGACUGCUGCAUUCAAAGAAAGCCACUGAGGCUAAAUAGUAGUUUAUCCAGAUGUCUGAUUCUAUUCCAUGUAUUUACUACAGAUCAGGGGUGUCCAAAUUCAGUCCUGGAGGGCUCGUGUCCUGCUUAGUUUAGCUCCAACUUCCUUCAACACACCUCCCUGGAAGUUACUUGUACACCUAGAAGGAGCUUGAUUAGCUGGUGCAAGUGUGUUGACUUGGGGUUUGAACUAAAAUAUGCAGGACACCGGCCUUCCAGGACUGAGUUUGGACACCCCUGCUAUAGAUGGAGUGUGUUUUGCAGUGUUCAUCUUUGUGUUGCUCUUUUAGCCCAAAGUAUACUUUAGUUUAUCAUCAUCAAGACUGUAUAGCCAAAUUGUAUGCGCUUUUUCAAUUUGUGAGCGCUAAUUAGUUUGUCCACAAGGUGGAAACACUGGUGCUAGCUGUUGUUUAACAUCUGGAAAGGGACUACAAACUGCUUUUUAGUUACAGUAGUAGACAUAGUGUAAUUUUUACACAAGCAGUAAAUAAUUGUUUGAUUUUAAAGCUUGUUUUAUUGCGCUUAACCAUACCCCUCGUUGUUUUACGUUUGUUUGUUUCUUUGUCCGGCAACAGAUUUGAUAUAAAAAUUUCAAAGCCUGUGCUCUUGUCAAAAUUUGAACCCAAGAAGACAACAAGAUGACAUUUUAUGUAGUUUGUAUUGGUCACCAUCAGUAUUCUUUUUGUUUUACCUUAAGUUAAUGUCAUAAUGUUUUAAUGUCGGAGCUACAACAGAAUUAAAGUUAUACGCAGUGUUGGAAUAUCAAGCCAAUUCCAUGCGUGUUCAAUAAAAAAGGUCAGGAGAGGGUUUUCUUCAAUGCCAAAGAUAUUAGUAAUUUAUUAGAUACAACUGAAUAAUUCGAUGACAGAGCUCUGGGUUACCCCAAUGCAAUACAAGAAUUACAUUCAGGAGGUUUGCAACUAACUUACAUUUCCCUGACUCCAGCAUAUACACAUAACUGAUAUUAACAGGUGGAGAAUAUGUGUAACGUCACUACUUAGUCAUUCUGCAGUCCUUUGGCUCUUGUACACCAAACAUACUUUCUGUUUCUGCAACCCUUCUCUGCAUUCCAGAACUGAACAGUUAAGCGUAUCUUUAAUGUAUUUCACAACUUCUAUAAGCAUCCAGCUCCUUGUGACAUGUCUAGACUUCUUUUUAGACAGCAGUCUGGAGCAAGGGCACCCACACUAUUUUUAAUCCUUUUUUGCUAUUUCCCUCUCACCAGCAGUUUCUUCUAAGAAGUUUGUAAUAGAGUAAGAAAGAACGAAGUAUGCUUGGUCAAUAUAUGGUAUCAUACAAAAGAAAAAGAUUGAUUAAUCUGUUGUUAGUUUAAACAAUUUUCUAAUAAAAAAAUAAAGACGCAAAGUGAUAAAAAUAAAUUCCCUUUUUCCCACAGCAGACACUGGACAGGGAUUUAUUAUUAUUGUUGUUAUUAUUAUUGUUAUUAUUAUUAUUUGUAGUUCACUGUUUUCAACUGAGUAGAAAUAAUUUUUGUUGCUUGUCAUAAAUUACAGUAUAGUGAGGAAAAAACAGGAUGAAUUUUGUUGAGUGUUUGUGCAUACACUAUUAAUACUAUACUUUAAAAGACUGUGUGUUCAACAACAAAAAAAUGAAGUAUACUUUGGGCUUUAGGCAUUACUUGGAAAUGAAUAGUAAUCCCAUUUUUGGCUUCUCUUGGGAUUUUAAACUUUUCCCUGUUAUAACACUCUCGCCAAGCUGAUUUAGCUAAUCUUUAUAAACGCAAAUCAUAGAUCUAAGGAUUUCAAGACAUUUUGACCUUACAGACUUUACUGAAUUGCUUCAGUUUACCCUGUGUGUGCCGUCACAUGAUUUGAAUAUUACAAUACCUAAUGGUUUGGCAUUACACAUCAUUAAUUUUCAGUUUUCCACACUUUGGUUUAUAGUUAUAGGAUUUAAAUGAAUAAUAAUUUACCAGAUGCUAUAUUUGGUUUUCGUGAGCCCUACCAAGAGCCUCAAAAAUAAGGAAUUUGAUGGGGUGUUUGUAAUAUAUUUUAAAGAAUGAAAGAUAUUUUGACCCAGCAGGAUUACAUUCAGGAUCUUCUGAUGUCCAAUACCUCUUGUUUGUGUGUAAGUGUGUGUGUGUUUGAGCGAUUGCACGCAGAGUUUUGGGUGAUUUAUUUUUGGUGUUAUGGUAAUUGAGAGAAUGUUUAAGCUACGGUGACUGUUCCCUUAAUUGACAACUUAAAAGAAAUGUUUAAUUUAUUGUACAGCUAAGAUUCUUAUAUUAUUUGUACAAAAUUUAAUAUGUUUCCAUCGCAAUAUUUUGGAAAAAGGUACUUUACUCUUUUUGUACAGCUCUUUAUAUAGAGAAUGACUCAAACAUAAAAAUGUAAAUUUUUAGAAUGAGGUUUUAAUGUUAUGUAAUUAUGAAUUAAUAUUUUGUAAAGCUUGUGUGUCUGUAAGCACAUUGUAAUUUUAUCCUGGCAGAAAUAAUAAACAAAUGAAACUUUUUUUUUUCUUCCCCUUCACGAUGAAAGAAACUGACUGAUGCAUUAUUUAGGUUGAGUUAUACAUAUAUUAAUUGCAAACUUAAACGUUUCUACCAGUUUACCCUAAAGAACAAGCCUUUAUUUUCCUCCCAAUGUAUCAAAAAAAUUUAAAAACUGUUUGGACUAAGAAUCCAGUAUCUGUAAUAUUCUGACUAUCACUUCUUGCUAUGAUUGAAGUUACAAAAUAGUUUUUAUG